GGACAAGUUUGCAGGAGAGAAGAUCCCCACCCUGGAGGAGGCAGUGGAGGAAUGCAUCAAACUGCAGCUAACCAUCUACUUUGAUGUCAAAGGUCAUCCAGAUGAGGCAGCCGCAGCUCUAAAGGAAUUGUAUAAGAAAUAUCCGGUCCUCUACAACAGCAGCAUCGUCUGCUCCUUCGAGCCCAAAGUCAUCUACAGGAUGAGACAGAGUGACCCAGAUGUGGUCACGGCACUGACCCACCGGCCUUGGAGCCUGAGCCGGUUCGGGGACGGUGCCCCACGUUUUUCAUCGCUGUGGAAACAUCACUGGAUGACUGCCAUGGACAUCUUGUUGGACUGGGCACACCAUAAUGUUUUGUGGAAACUCUGUGGCGUUUCGGCGUUCCUGAUACAGAAGAACUUUGUCUCACAGGACUAUGUGCAGUACUGGGCCCAGAGGGGUGUCGAGGUUGUAGCCUGGACCGUCAACACACAAGUAGAGAAGGAGUAUUACCAGGAGGUGCUAAAAGUCAACUACAUCACAGACAGCAUGGUGGAAGACUGUGACCCUCAUUACUGACGUACACAUAAAUCCACUCAACAAAAUGUUGGCAUUUAUUAAAGAUAAAAGAAACUGUCACCCAUAUGUAAGCUCAAGCAAGAGAUCAUAUACUCCUUUUAUUUCCAAGAACACUGUUUUUCUAUGGGUGUAUGUUUCCUGAAGAAUUUUAACUGGGCGCCAUAACAAAAUACAAAGUAACAGAUCUUAUUACGACUAAAUCACUUUAAUAAUGAAUAAUGAUGAACUCGCCUGUUAUAUUUACAGACUUGUUAAUGCAAGGUGCUGGUAAUAUGUGUCUAUAAUAGACCUGCAGCAACAUGAUGUAUUCAUCCACUCAGGACUACAUUGGGGGUUUUGGGGUUUUUUUGUUUUUUCUUUUGUAUGUUUGUCAUGUUAGUUGUGUUUAUACAGUCUUUCAGAUAAUGCAGAGCACUGUGUGCACUUUUUACUCACUAAAAUCUGAAGAAAUCUACCUUGAGAUGAUUUUUUUUUUUUUUGUCAUUUAUGACAUGUGAAUACUACUUAUUAAAGAAACAUACAUAAAUGCUUUAUAGAGCAGCAUAGACAAACUAAUAAUAAGUAGGCUUGGUGAUUACUUAUGUUGUUAAUGUAUGGAGAAAACAAACUUUUGUACUGUACUGUAUAUGAAACCACAAGGACAUUUAUGAGGGAUCAAUUGUGGCACAAAUACACGAAUGGAGUUAAUGCAUGGCUUUGUGUAAGGCUCAAGUGUUACCAAUAACACAGUGCCUGUUUUUAAAGAGUAAACCCUUUUUUAGCAGUAUGACAGUUUUGUAACUGCUUUUACUUGAAUGGGUAAAAACUAAAGUUAGACGUUGCUUGAUGUUGCUGUUUGUCUGGAAAAUCAACCUCGUGCUUUUGCAUUUCAUAUAUGCUGAAUGUAAAGUAAGCUGGCUUUACUUUUUUUUUCAUCCCUAAACUUGAGUGUAGAAUUUCAAAAUGUAAAUUACACAAUUUGGUGUUGCCGUAAGGCUUUAAAUGACUUUAAUAAGCCUGACUGAUUCUAGAUUUUUGGGGCUAAUGACUGCCAGCUUUUGGUGGUCACCACAUUCUAGUAUCUGAUGAUAUCAUUAUAUCUAUACACUGUAGAUAUUACUGUACAACAAAAGUGGACAAUUAAUUUUCCUAGGUGGACAUAUUAGAAACUGGAACGGUUUUGGAGGUAAAAUAGAUAUAAAAUUUUUACUCAACCAUAAAAUCUAUUUUUACUAAUCAAAUUGCUCCAAAUAACAGGAAAAUGCAUCAACAGUUUAAAGUAAGGUGACACAGACUCUUGUGAAUAACUACUUGAUUUUUUUUUUUAUUUCUUUGUAAUAGUUGUGGGAAUGUAGAGCUGCUUGGCAGACUGAAAAUGUUGGUCUGUCAUGUUCUGUGUCGUUAUGUGACGGCUCUGGACACUAAAAUGGAUCAAUAAAGGUGAACGGUUUGAGCUGAUAUCUUGCAUCGCAUCAUUCAGUAAACACAAAAACCUGGACAUACUGUCUCAGGAGAACAUAAAACUGUUCAGGUGUAGUGUAAAACCUCAUGCAUUCACUGUUUGGCCCUGCUGUUAAUGCUAAGCUUGUGUAGUGGGGACUGUUGAUUAUUAGCUUUUGGGCCUGCAGAGUCAGGCGAUUGACCCAGAUAGCGCAGAUGAAUGGGGGUUGAGUGAGAAGUGUAGUGUUGGAUAUCACCCUGGUUAAGCCUGUCUGAGCCGCUUCUUGUCCCGGCUGAUCUUCAGUUGCUAAAUGCAGAAUUUCAGCUCAGGCAGUUUGGAGGCACUCAGCUAAUUUUUAUCUGAGCAAAAGAAUCAGUUUACCUGCGUGUUUAAAAAAGAAAGAAAGAAAGAAA